AUGUCUGCCGAUCCACACAGAUUGUUGGCCUGUCCAUUUAAUAUGGCACAUCAAAUCGAAUCAUAUAGAAUGCAUGUACACUUACAAAAAUGUAAAAAGCAAUAUCCUAAUGUUAUAAAAUUAGUAUGUCCAUUUGAUUCUACACACAUAGUGAAUAGUCCGGAGAUAGAUCACCAUGUAAACUCAUGUAUGCGUCGUGGAAUGCUAGACAACCAGUUAUAUAAUUUUGAUGAUAAUUCUUAUGUCCCAGUCACAGUUGUUGGCACAACAAAUAUACAAUGCGAAGAGUCCUGGGAUGAUGAGGUAGCCUCAUCAUACAAACCCGGAGAUUCCAAGGCACCUCAUAUAAUUACAAAACUCAGGGGAGCUACACCAUCAGAACGAAGAAAGGCUCGUAUGGAAAAGAUUAAGACAUAUCAACCACCACCAACAAAUAAUUAA